GUACGCAGGAAGAGGCGCUGCCUUAUCGGAAAGUACUUUGCCCGGUCGGACAGACUGUGCAGUGUGCAGCAGGACUGCUGUGUAUUUUUUGAGUGAGCCAGUGAGGAGCUAGGAUAGUUUACGAGUACUGUUGAUUCACAGGCGCAAGGAAGAGGGGCAAAGGGGGAAAUAAUAGAGCACGCGAGCAGCCAUACAGUUUCACAGAACCCGUCACACACACACACACAGCAGCUAUGGCCCGUGGGCACCAGAAGAUUCAGUCCCAGCAGAAAAAUGCAAAGAAGCAAGCCGAGCAGAAGAAAAAACAAGGGCAUGAUCAGAAGACUGCUGCCAAAGCGGCCUUAGUGUACACCUGCAGUGUCUGUAUGACGCAGAUGCCUGACCCAAAGACGUUCAAGCAGCACUUUGAGAGCAAGCAUCCCAAAUCCCCGUUGCCUCCAGAACUAGCUGAUGUGCAAGCAUAAGAUGCAUUUUCAGUAUCAUGCUGGAGCAUGAAAAGUGAACAUAUAAUCUGGAAAAUGGAAUAAGACUAACUUCAAGCCACAAACCUACCUGUCAACAGCCCCUCAACAAUAACCCUAGUCCUGCAGCUGCUUUCAUGUUGAACUACUGAGUCAUGUUAACAAAAGAGCUUCGGAUUACUGAGAAUGGCGGGGUGAUUCAGUACAGCCAGUUGGCCACUUUGCAGUGCUGAUGUGGAAAAUGCAUUUCUUUUGCAUGUGUUCCUGUGAAAAUACUGCGUCCUGCUGUUUUUGUAUGUUACUGGAAUGCCCAUUUCAAUGAGUUGUCACUUAUAGUGGCCAGAAACCUUUGUGUUCCUUACCAAAAUAAAUAUUGCAUUUUGUAAAAAUGAAAAUGGCAAGGAAUGCCAUGCUGUGAGAUCAGCAAGAAACAGUACUGUCACCAUUUGGAUAAUACUCUAGGCUGCGCACAUUGUGAAAUAUUUUAUGUUUUCAUGCCAACACACAUGGUCUCUUCCCCCUUCAAAAGUAGUUCUAGAACCUUGCUCAUUUGGAGCCUCCUCUGCCCAGUUUCAUCACCAGGGAUGAAUGUUUUCCCAGAACAGCAAGGCACAGUGGCCAACUGACUGUCUAUAAAGCCUAUAUUUAUAGCCUGUAACUUGUAUACCACCAGUGUAUAGCAAUGCUGCAUAGUUUCAUAAAAGCAUAAUUUUGCACUUGUAAUUACACUUGUUCAUAUUAUAUAAAAUACAAUUUUAAUAAAGUAAUACUUUGGUACAUUUUCCAGGAUGUUUGUCUGGCCUGCAUUAUGAUGUCUUAAAGGGAAAAAUGGGGGAAAAAUAUUUGAGAAGUUGCAAAUUUAUUCAAAUUAAAGUCUUAUAUAAUGGGGCUGUACAGAUUUGAUAUAGUUAACUGUGUAUUGUUUGAUGUUUUACAUUCAUGAACAAGAGGCAUGUCAGUGGUUUCCAUAGUAACUGUGUGCCCAGGCACUAUGUUAUGAUAAUCUCAUGCUGUACCAUGCCGUUUUAGUAGGAAAAGGUUAGAUAGAUGUACAGCACUUAAUGGGCCAAAACACUUGAAAAAUGAUUCGACUAAAAGCUAGCCAACUGAUUUUGUAAUUGUUAUCGCUGUAUGGUUGUGUCACCCUCUUGCUGUUGAACAUACUAACGUUCCUUUUUUUGUAAUAUAUUAUGAACAAAUAGCAAAAAUAAAAAUUAUACUUGUUU